AUGGCGAAUGUUAUCGAUUCAUUUGGUGUAAAUAUACCAAUGACAAAAACGGAUAGGAAUAACAACCCAGCAGCUGAUAGUCAUUCACUACCAGUGGAACAGUGUGACGUUUUGUUGAACGGAAAUAGUGAACAAACUGUUGGUAAUGACGAACAACAAGUUUCUGCAGCGAAUGAUCAUAACGAAACGAUUAUCAAUGUUACAUCAUCAUCAGUUGAUGAAAAUGAAAUAUCGACAAAUAUUGAAUGUUCAUCGAAUACAACAAAUUCAUACAAAGAUUUCUCUGGUAUCGAUACUGAAUCAUUUAUUACGACAACAUUACGUAAUAAUCGCAAAGAUCGAACGUUGUUAUUGACUCUGGAGAAGGUCUUCCAAGACUUUAUCCAGAACGAAGAACAAACAUCACAUCAAUUCCAAGCAAUGAAUUCUUACGAACGAAUGAUUGUUCAUCGUGUCGCGGCCUUCUUUGGUCUUGAUCAUAAUGUUGAUAAAAACGGUCAAUCAAUCAUUGUAACCAAAACUGUCAAUACUCGAAUUCCGAACUUAUCAUUUGAACAUUUCAUUCCAACUGAUGAAUUGCCUGAUGGUGCUAUGCCAGUGUCGAACUUUUCUGUUGAAAAUGCUACACGUCGCAUAUCACGUCGAAACGAAAAAAAUCCAACUCAAACAACCGCAAUUUCAACGAACAAAGCAUCGUUUGAUCGCUCAAAUCAUUACUCUGAACAGCGUGAUAAAAUCUCCAAUUCCUCAUUGAAUAAAUUCAAUCGAAAACAACAACGUUUCAAUUCGCAUCAACAUAUUCAACAAACAAAUAUUCACCCAUCUAGUCAUCUAAUCAAUCCACGAGCUCAACAUAUGUACUCACCAGCAUCGAAUCUAUACUAUCCACAACAACAACAACAACAACAACAACGACAUAUGCAUCCGAAUUACAAACAGCUAACAGCUGCUUCUCCAAUGUAUAACUUUGUACCAAUGAUGUCGCCGACGUCUUUUCAGCAGGGAAAUAAUAUGUCAGUACCAAUUUUACUCCAACAACAACCUACCGGACAAAUACAGUAUGUAUUUCCCGCACAGCAACCUCAUUCAUUAUCAUACGACGGACAAUACAUGCCGGUUUACCGACCCGAUAUGAUGCCACGCAUUGUUGACAAUACUUCUUGUGCUCAACCACCUUUCGUUCAUUUGUAUCCUACUCAUCCUUAUCCUCACGCACCUCAGACGACGUAUCUUCAACCUCCAUCUUUAAUGAUACCAUCUACGAAUCAAACUUCGGUUCAAUAUGCAACAAAUCAAUUAGCUACAUUAAAUUUACAUUCUCAUUAUGAUGAUUCACGUUUUCCACAACCCCCUAAUUCAACGAAAUCUCUCGUUCAUUCUUCAUCAGUCAAUGGUUUAACUCGAAUGCCUAAUUAUCCUCAGUAUCGUCACUACCGUCCGCUAAAUACAAAUUCAACUGAUAAACAACUACCAUCAAUCGAGAAUGAUAUGAAAUCAACCAUGUCCGAUCAGAUUCUUCUAGCAGAACCAAACCAAGAAAAAGAUUGA